UUUUUUCUCUCUUCUUCUUUCUUUUUUGUUUUAUAAUCGUCAACGAAAAUGAGAGGAGGUGUAACCUAUUUUUUAACGCUUUUAUCAAUUGGGGCCCUAUAUUUCGGAUCACUUUAUUUUGUAUCUCGUCCAUCGAUACAAAGCGUCAAUGUAGAUUUGAUAGAACCCCUUGAAGAGCUGGUGGUGGUAGAAACAGCUCCCAUUAUUGAAUAUACCACUGUUGAUAUCAAGUCUUCGUGCAAGUUAUCUUCCUCAAAUGCCAAAAAAGAGAAGGCAGUGAUUGUUGUUCUUGUACGAAAUAACGAAUUAAAUCCUAUGCGCCGUACUAUGCGAGAAUUCGAGGAUCGCUUUAAUCGCAAAUUCAAUUAUCCUUAUGUAUUCUUAAACGACGAACCUUUUACAUCCGAAUUUAAACAGGCGAUAUCUGCCAUGACAAACGCAAAGAUCAAAUUUGGCACUGUUCCCAAAAGUAUGUGGUCCGUCCCCAAACAUGUCAAUGAAACCCUCAUGCACGAACAGCUGAAGGAUUACGGUAAUAGAGGUAUCAUGUAUGGUGAUAAUCUCUCGUACCGUCACAUGUGUCGUUUCAAUUCCGGUUUCUUUUAUCGCCACAAAUUGUUAGAGGAAUAUGAAUAUUACUGGCGUGUGGAACCUGGCGUCAGUUUUUACUGUGAUCUUGAUUAUGAUCCAUUCAAGUACAUGAAAGAAAACGGAAAGGAAUACGGUUUUACCAUUACUUUACAAGAGAUCCCUGAAACCAUCCCUACACUAUGGGAACAUACAUUACGAUUUGCACACCAGCAGCAAUUAAACACGACACUUUUAAAGUUCUUUGGCGAUCCUACGGGAGGAUACAACCUGUGUCAUUAUUGGUCUAAUUUCGAAAUUGCGAGCUUAAACCUAUGGCGUGACGAACGAUACCAAGCUUAUUUUGAUUACUUGGAUAGUACCGGCAACUUCUUUUAUGAACGCUGGGGAGACGCUAUUGUACAUAGUUUGGCAGCAGGCAUGUUUUUGAAUAAGAGUCAAGUGCAUUUCUUUAAUGAUAUUGGAUACCGACAUGAUAAUUUUGCGCAUUGUGUGGAUGACGGAUCUCUCGGAAAUUGCAUGUGUCCUGAGAAUAUUCCUAAUUUCGAUACAAACCCAGGCUCUUGUUUACAGGGUUGGAAAAACUAUGCAGACAAAGGUCAUCAAUGGGAUUUUAAGGCGAAUGGAGACCAAGUAUUAGAAUUUGGUCAAGUCAUCUCUAACCCAGGUCGUGCUACAGUGUAAAUUAUCACUUUAUUCCUAUUCCUUUUUGUACUUUACACUUUACACUUUUUUUUUCUUUCUUCCCCAAGCCUUUAAUCGAACCUAGAAUUCACAUAUACACGUAGAGGUGGGACUUGAUUCGCACUAGGAGAUAAAGAUACAUGAAAAUUAAUUUAUCAUAUCAACUAUUUAUUUGAG